AGGGUACAGUGGUGAAAGUUUAUGGAUUGCCCCUUGCAUGAAUCAAAUUAUUUAGUGAUGAGCCCAGAUCUUUAACCUCUAGGCCACACCACUUCAAUUCUAGUAAGUAUCUGCAUAGAUGUCUUGGUGGAAGGCUAGUAAUCUAGGAGCUCUCAAGCCAUUGAAACAAACCCACAUUAAAGCUUGAGUGUUUGUACUUUGUUAUAAAUAAUUGUUUAAUAAUUGUAAAAUCUCUUUAUGUCCAUCAUAGUCCAUGAAGCUGUUCUUCAUCCACAAAUGAAUGAGGUUUCUUUGAGCAGCGGCUGGCAUUUUUCGUUGGACAUGCUCUGCAGUGGUCCCUUAAUUGCCUAAGAGAUAUGCGGGAAAUACGAUUGGCUUGUGCACAUAGUAAAGUCAUGGGGAGGGUAUGUUUUCGGAGAUGAACUCUCACAUGCCUUUCACAUACAUGCCCUGGGACACGCAGAUGGCAUAUUUUCAAUCUAAUGAUCUCAGGUAUGCCAAAACCAUAAAGUCCCAACAGUCCCUCCACAUGACUCAAGAACUUGACAUUUGGAUGUGAUCUAAAUGUCUGCACAUGAGUACACACAUUGAUUCCUGAUGUUGUGCUGGUUCAAAUGUUUUCUCACACUCCUCCCUUUGCAAAACAAACCUCAGGACUGGUUUAAUCUAACUUCAACAUUUUUGCACUGAAAUAAAUCAAACGUUUCCAAAAAAGUUUGUAAAUUUAAUGUAAGGUGUUGCCUUUCAUUCAACAUUUAACUCCAGGCCCAUAUUUCAUUUCAGACUGCUGUUGUUAAUCUUCAUUUUUCAAAUGUUUACGGGAUUUUUCCAUAUUGUUUUUUAUUUUCUGUUGUUAAUAAUUUGCAGUUGUAAAUUGUCAUGCAGAUGGUUGAAGGGCGAUGGUCUCAAAACUGUAGUAAUUGUGGCAUGCAUCGCACCAUCAGUUGCAUAUCUUGACGUGCUAAUUGGACAGAGUUGUGCAUUUCUCAACAGAGAGGGGUGAUGCUACGACUGUGAAAAUAGCACACGAGGGGGGGAGCGAGAGAGAAUGUGGGUGUGUUAGUGCUUGAGAGAAAAAGAGAGAGAAAGCGUGUAGGGUAAGGGAGGGAGAGAGGAGAGAAAUAAAAACAGCACAAGAGGACAGCAGGCAGCACGGAGGAUAAAAUCCCUCUGAGGUUUCACCAUGUUCCUGCAGACGGUCUCCAUCCUCUUCCUCUCUGCCAUACUCUUCGGCUGCCUGGAAGGAAAAGGUGUGCAAAUGCAGCGAGACAUCCAGUGCUGCAUGCAGUACUCUCACGGCAAAGUCCGGACCAAAGAUGUCCUGAGGUAUGAGGUGCAGACGGAGGGGCCAGAUUGCAGCAUAAGUGCCAUCAUAUUGUACACCAAAAAGGUGGUGAAGUGUGCCGAUCCAAGGGACAGGAAGGUGAAGAGGUUACUUCGGAAACUGGUCCAAAGGCAGGGAGCCAAAGCCCACAGGACCAUGUGGCUACAUCCGCAUAUGAAUCUGCCUGUGAUGUCGGAGGUUGCUGUUGUUAAUUCCCAAAAGAUGAACAAGACCAAGUGAAAGGUGAGGGAGGAAAGUUGAUCGAUGAGUCUCCAGCCUUCUUGUGUGUGUCACUGUUUUCUUAUGUAUAAGAAAAUAUACGUCGUAGACUCAUAACAUUCACUACCAAACAGUAUGUUAUCCAGAUAUAUUGUGAUAUUUAGACGUCCUCUCAAAUGACUGUUAAUCUAUAUGCCAAAGUAUUCUUCUCUGAGACUUGUUAAAGGUUGUUCAUAAUCUCUGCAGCUAUGUAUAGUCUCUAUAACUUAUUAUACAGUACAAGCUCUUCUAUAGAGUCCAGUAAGCUGGUAAGACUGUUCUCAACCAAUUUAUAGUGCAAUUACAGAUUCUCUUAUGUAUGUUAAAACACAACUGAUUUUUAUAUAUAAAAAUAACUGAAAGUAGUCC